AUGGCUCAAGCACAAAUCACCAAUGGAGGCCCCAUCAUCCUCUUUCAACCUGAGAACGAGUACAGUCUGGUGCGGAACAACCAACUCUUUCCAGACGGAACUUACAUGCAAUACGUCAUCAACCAAGCUCACGACAACGGUAUCUUAGUACCAAUCAUUAGUAAUGAUGCUCAUCCAAGCGGCCAUAAUGCUCCAGGGACUGGUCUUGGCGAGGUGGACAUUUAUGGUUACGAUGCAUACCCUCUAGGUUUCAAUUGCGCGCGACCAGAGGAUUGGCCCACUGGUAAAUUACCGACCAACUGGGCAGAUCUUCAUCUCCAGCAAAGCCCAAAUACACCAUUUUCUAUCCUCGAGUUCCAAGGUGGCUCCUACGAUGUUUGGGGCGGGAAUGGAUACGAAAAGUGUGCAGAGCUUCUCAACCAGGAGUUCACGAGAGUUUUCAACAAGAACAACAUCGCUUUCGGAAUCAACAUCCUCAAUAUGUACAUGGCCUUUGGUGGCACCAACUGGGGCAACUUGGGUUAUCCGAGGGGCUACACAUCUUAUGAUUACGGUGCAACUAUCGCUGAAGACCGUACAAUCACUCGCAAAAAGUACGGCGAGGCCAAGCUUUUGGGGUACUUCUUCUCUUCUGUUCCGGCCUACAGGGAAGCUGUGCCGCGAAGAGCAACAACGGCACUCACGACCACUGCCGACCUGACCGUGACGCCGCUAUCUGCCAAUGAGACUGGAUUCUGGGUGCUGCGUCAUACCGACUACUCUCAGCGGAAGAAGACAGAGUAUGAAAUCACUCUUCCCACAAGGGCGGGUAACAUGACGAUUCCGCAGCUUGCUGGGAAGUUGACCUUGAAUGGUCGGGAUUCCAAGAUUCUCACCACUGACUUGCAGCUGAGUGGUAACACUCAUCUUCGAUACUCAAGUGCCGAGAUCCUUGCCAUCACGGAAACGGAUGGCCGGCGAGUCCUCGUCUUGUAUGGCCGAGCUGACGAGCGUCACGAGUGCGCCAUUGACAUCCCGCGCAACGCAAAAAUAUAUGAGCAUCGUCAAGGUGUUGAGUCAUCCAUCAAAACCAAGAGGCAAGGUGGCUCUCUUGUCGUCGCUUGGGAUGCCGCAAAAGAGCGUUCAAUUGUUGACCUUGGAAGCACACGGCUGGUUCUGCUUGGGAAUGAUUCGGCCUACGACUACUGGGUCGUUGACUUGCAAACCACUGGCCCGAAACAAAAGAUCAUUAUCAAGGGGCCAUACUUGGUUCGGAGCGUACGCGUGCAGGGUAACAGACUCGACAUCUCGGCAGACUUCAACCAGACGACCACCGUAGAAGUAUUCGCCGUGCCCGCUCAGGUCAAGAAUCUAUUCAUCAACAGCAAGAAGUCCAAGCACUCGGAACCUAUCAAGGGCGUUUGGUCAACGAAUGUCUCGUUCGAGACACCGCGUAUCAGUCUUCCCGACUUUUCCACCAGCAGCUGGAAAUUUAUUGACAGCCUACCAGAGGUGAAACCCGAGUACGACGACGCUGGGUGGCCCAAGGCAGAUUUGCGAGACUCGCACAAUGACUAUCGCGCUCUCUCAACGCCAACUUCUCUGUAUUCCGGGGAUUACGGAUUUCAUGCAGGCCUUCUGAUUUAUCGGGGACAUUUUGUUUCCUCAGGCAAUGAAACAGGAUUGGAAAUCUGGAAUCAGGGAGGGUGGGCUUUUUCCAGCUCCGCAUGGCUGAAUGGUACCUACUUGGGGUCGUCCAAGGUCAACGCUACAAGGCCUGACGCCAACACGACGUACGAAUUUCCCCGGUUGGAUCAAGGCCGCAGAUACACCCUCACUAUUCUUCAAGACAGCCAAGGAUAUGAGCUCAACCCCUGGGUCGGGGACGACGAAAUGAAGCAUCCACGAGGGAUUUUGAACUACACCCUUCAGCAACGGGAACAAGAGUCAAUAAGCUGGAGAAUCAGCGGGAAUCUUGGCGGAGAAGACUACCAGGAUCGUGUCCGUGGGCCAUUGAACGAGGGUGGUAGCUUCGUUGAGAGAAAUGGUUUUCACCAGCCCGGACCACCGACUAAGGAGCGUUCAUGGACUUUCCUCUAUGGCGAUGAUGCAGCUUCUUUCGAACUUCAAUCUGAGGCUUAUGGCAUGCUAGAGCGGGUUAAAGAAGACCUCGAACACUGGCGAGCUAAGGGUCCAGUUGGGAAGCUUCAUAAUAUCGUCAGGUUCAUCCGAGCCUCUCCGCAACGCACCGAAGCAUUCAAAGCACAUGCCAAGGAGCAGGAGGAGGCGGACAUAUACAAGCUUGCAGAAGAAUCAACGGCCGAGCUUGAAGUCAUACAGAACAACGCUACGAGAUGGAAUUCGACCUAUAUGAUGAUCGAACGCGCCUUGAUCAAGCAGUCUGAGCUCAAUAGCUUCAUUCAAGAGCUAGGGCUAGAAGCAGACGCCUCAAGAAGGGUUCCUACAGCUGACAUCCUGACCUCUGAUGACUAG